AUGAUGGCAGCCUCUCCCACGGUCUUCUCAUCUCUCUCUCUUCCCACGCGGAAACCAACCAACACUCCUAUCCAUAAAUCCUUUUCCAUCCGAACACAGAGCAUAAUCUCUUUGUUGAAAUCUUGUUCAAAUAUCAGGGAGUUCUCACGAAUUCAUGCCCAUUUAAUCACCACAAAUCUCAUCCAUGACCCUCUCACAGCCAGCCAUGUCCUUAGAUUCUUCAUCUCCAACGAAAAUCUCAACUACGCUCGGCGUAUUUUUAGCCAAACAUACGACCCGGAGACCGUAAUAUGGAACACCCUUAUUGAAAGCCAACUAAAAAAUGGUUCUCCAGGAGAGGUCUUCUCAAUUUACUCUCAUAUGGUUACCCGAGGGAUAUCACUCGAUGUUUCCAGUUUUCAUUUUCUUAUUCACGCUUGUUCUAGCGUCUCCGCAUUUCAACAAGGAGGCGAAGUUCACGGUCGGAUUUUGAAAUCUGGGUUUGGGGUCAUUAGGUCUUUGAACAAUAAUCUGAUGGGUUUCUAUUCAAAAGACGGGAGUUUGAAAGAAGUACACCAACUGUUCGAGAAAUUUCCUGAUAGAGAUGUGAUUAGUUGGAAUACCAUGAUAUCGUGCUUUGUUCGUCAGGGAAUGGCUUGCGAGGCUUUGGGUCUAUUCUGGGAAAUGAAGGUCAGUGGGGUUAAACCUGAUGAAAUAACCAUGGUUAGCUUGGUUUCGGCUUGUACGAAGUUGAGGGACUUGAAAAUGGGAGAGAAAUUACACCUUUAUGUUGAAGAAAAUGAGUUGGAGAUUAGUGGGAAUUUGCUGAAUUGUCUGGUAGAUAUGUAUAUCAAAUGUGGGGAAAUGGAGAAAGCACAGGAGCUUGUGGCUAGAUGUAAAUCUGAGAUUGAUGUUGUUUUAUGCACUACAUUGGUCAGUGGGUAUGUGAAAUCUAAUAAGAUCGAUGCGGCUAGACACCUGUUUCAACAGAUGGGAGAGAAAAAUUUGAUUUCGUGGACUACGAUGAUUUCAGGUUAUGUUCAAAGAGAUUAUUAUUAUGAAAGUCUAGAGUUGUUCAGAGAAAUGAUAUUUGAAAAUGUGAAGCCUGAUGAGGUUGUUCUUGUGACUGCACUCUCGGCCUGUGCUCAUGUGAAAGAUCGUGAAUUAGGUAGAUCCAUCCACAACUUGAUUGUGAAAUAUGGCAUGAUUAUUGACGGGUUUCUUGGGAAUGCUUUGAUAGACCAUUAUGCAAAAUGUGAACGACUGGAUGAAGCUUGCAAAGUCUUUGAGCAGUUGCCAUGUAAGAGUGUUGUGUCAUGGAAUUCAAUGUUGGAUGGGUUUUGCAGAAGUGGAGAUAUAGAGAGGGCAAGAGCCUUCUUUUAUGAGAUCCCUAAGAAGGAUGUGAUUUCUUGGAACACCUUGAUCAAGUGCUGUGCUAUGUUUCACCGGUAUGGAGAAUUGUUUAAGCUGUUCAAUGAUAUGCAGAGUUCAAAUGUAAAACCCGACAAGCUCACUUUGGUCAGCUUGCUAUCCUCUUGUGCUAGUGUUGGGGCACUGAAUCAUGGAAUUUGGAUCCAUGUUUACAUAAAAAAGAAUCAUAUUGAGUUGGAUAACAUGUUGGGGACUGCCCUAAUUGACAUGUAUGGGAAGUGCGGAAGCAUUGAAAAAGCCUAUGAGUUAUUCUCUGAGAUGACCGAGAAAAAUGUAUUUGUGUGGACAGCAAUGAUAGCAGCUCACGCCAUGGAGGGGCAAGCCUGGAAAGCAAUUGAUCUUUUUCUGCAAAUGGAAGAAAAAGCAAUAGAGCCAGAUCAUGUCACUUUUAUAGCUCUUCUAUCUGCUUGUAGUCAUGGAGGUUUAAUUGAUGAAGGGUACAAAUACUUCAACAGGAUGACUAAUGUCUACAAAAUUGUUCCUAAGAUCCAGCACUAUGGGUGUAUGGUUGAUCUCCUAGGUCGAGUUGGGAAGUUGGAAGAGGCCUUAAAGCUCAUCAAUAGCAUGCCAAUAGAACCGGAUGUCUCUAUGUGGAGUGCUUUGAUGAGAGCAUGUGGAAGCCACCAGAAUUUAGCAGAGCAUGCUUUUAAACAUCUCACAGAGAUAGACCCUCUAAACGAUGCAGCUCAUGUGCUGCUUGCAAAUAUAUAUGCAAAAGCUGGUAGGUGGGAUGAUGUGAGCUGGGCAAGAAAGAAGCUGCAUGAGGCAGGAGUGCAGAAGCAACCAGGAUGCAGCCUAAUAGAGCAAAAUGGAGUUGUUCAUGAAUUUAGAGCUGGAGAUUUCUCAAACCCACAAUCUGUAGAAAUAUACUCCAUGUUGGAUGAGUUGGAGGAAAGAUUACCAAACGAAGAACUAGAGGAAGCAUCAUCCAAACAUAGUGAAAAGCUGGCCAUCGCUUUUGGGCUUAUAAGCAGUCCUGCAGGAACUCCUAUCCGGGUUGUGAAUAACCAGCGGAUUUGUGGAGGUUGUCACUUGGCUAUGAAGAGUAUAUCUCAGGUUUAUGGUAGAGAAAUUGUUAUCAGGGAUAACUACAGAUUUCAUCGAUUCAGAGAUGGACAUUGCUCUUGUAAAGAUUAUUGGUAAAUUUGUAAAGAUCAAGGCAAAGAAAACAAGUUGAACAUAAUACAA